GUAGGCAGCUGUUUAUGUUUUGUAUAAUUAUUUUACGAGUGUUUUGCAUAACUAUUUUACCGUAUUGUUUAUAAGUCGCUAUAUUUAUCGCUUUUAAGAUUAUAAAGUGACACAUAUUCUUGAUAAUUGCAUUCAUUCGAACCAUGUCAGAUGUCAAGAGGUGAAUAAGCUGUGUUUUGUGUCAACGUGUGAGUGACAGUUUUUUAUAUUGUUUGGGAUUUGGUGCGAUAAACAUAAACGGUACGCUAUAUGUUUUAUGCUGAUGUUUGUCUACUAGACAUAAUAUAACAGGUGGUCGAGCGAUGAGAACAUAUUCGGAACGGAUCUUCGUCUGAUUUAUGACGCGUUGAAGUGUUGAAGCAAAAUCGAGUGGACGAGUGAGUCGGUUCGUGAGUGUGCUAAUGUUGUGAUCGAGUGCUCGCAAGGUUUCUGUCAUGGUGUUGUCAUGGCGCGCGCUGGCUUUGCUGGCAGCGCUGCAGGUGUGCGCGAGUGUGCGCGAGACGACGUAUCACAACCAUUUCGCCGUGCACGUGCCCGCUGGCGAGAAACACGUAGAUGACAUCGCCAGAAGACACGGCUACGUCAAUCAUGGACAGAUCGGUGCCCUCAAAGGAUACUACUUAUUAUCUCACCACAAUGUCCAGAAGAGAUCGACGGAACCGAGUCAUGAUCAUCACCAGAAACUUAUCAAUGAACCCGAGGUAAAAUGGUUCGAGCAGCAACGCGAGAAGCGGCGGAUCAAACGAGACUACAAUCCGUACGAAACGUCGCUGUGGUCACAACUAUCGCGAAGACAGCCCUCGCAUCGGACGAGACAUCGAGCGAUCACACCGUCGCCUUUCUUUCCGGAUCCAUUGUUCAAGGAACAGUGGUAUUUGAACGGUGGCGCAAAAGAUGGUCUUGACAUGAACGUAGCUUCCGCCUGGCAGAAAGGUUAUACAGGCAAAAAUGUCGUUGUAUCUAUUCUGGAUGAUGGUAUUCAAACGAAUCAUCCGGAUCUCGCGCAAAACUAUGAUCCUCUUGCUUCCACGGAUAUAAAUGGAAACGAUGAUGAUCCAAUGCCUCAAGAUAAUGGUGAUAAUAAACACGGCACACGAUGCGCUGGUGAGGUCGCUGCAGUAGCUUACAAUCAGUAUUGUGGAGUUGGUAUCGCCUACAAUGCAAGUGUAGGUGGGGUGCGGAUGCUGGAUGGUGUUGUAAAUGAUGCAGUAGAAGCUAGGGCACUGGGUUUGAACCCCGAUCAUAUCGACAUAUAUAGUGCAUCAUGGGGACCAGAAGAUGAUGGAAAAACCGUUGAUGGACCGGGACCAUUAGCGAGAAGAGCAUUUAUUUAUGGAGUUACUAGUGGCAGACGUGGGAAAGGAAGUAUAUUUGUGUGGGCUUCAGGAAAUGGUGGACGUCACACAGAUUCUUGUAAUUGUGAUGGUUACACAAACAGUAUAUUUACUUUGUCAAUAUCGAGUGCAACUCAAGGUGGAUACAAGCCAUGGUAUUUAGAAGAAUGUUCAUCUACUUUAGCCACUACUUACAGUUCUGGUACGCCUGGGCAUGAUAAAAGCGUAGCUACAGUUGACAUGGAUGGAAGAUUAAGAGCAGAUCAUAUUUGUACAGUAGAACAUACAGGCACUUCGGCUUCAGCGCCCUUAGCAGCCGGUAUAUGUGCUCUCGCUUUAGAAGCUAAUCCAGAUCUAACUUGGAGAGAUAUGCAAUAUCUAGUAGUAUUAACUUCUCGUUCACAACCAUUAGAAAAAGAAAAUGGAUGGAUCGUCAACGGCAUUAAAAGAAAAGUUAGUCACAAGUUUGGUUAUGGUCUCAUGGAUGCGACUGAAAUGGUAAAUCUAGCUGAACAAUGGGUAUCGGUUCCUCCUCAGCACAUUUGCAAAUCGCAGGAAAUUAACGAAGACAAACCUAUAGAAUCAUCUUAUGGUUACACUUUAAGUGUACAUAUGGAUGUUAAUGGAUGCAGUGGAACAGUUAAUGAGGUCAGGUAUCUUGAGCAUGUUCAAUGUAAAAUAUCAUUGAGAUUCUUUCCACGUGGAAAUUUACGAAUCUUGCUUACAUCGCCAAUGGGAACUACCUCGACUUUAUUAUUUGAAAGACCUCGUGAUGUCAUUAGCUCUAAUUUCGAUGAUUGGCCAUUUUUAAGCGUUCAUUUUUGGGGUGAAAGAGCGGAAGGUAAAUGGACUCUCCAAAUUGUCAAUGCGGGUAACAGACACGUGAACCAACCCGGCAUCCUCAAAAAAUGGCAGUUAAUAUUUUAUGGUACUUCAACCGAUCCUGUAAAGUUGCGGUCUAAAAGACCUUCGCCGAUAUCGCCACCGUACGCUUUUCCAACAGCUGCUGAUGGAUAUGAUUCUGUCGGGGAUUCUUUUUACAAUACUGACGCGUUUACCAACUAUCAAAACUUCCCUACAUUAUUCGCCGCUGGCUCAGAUCCAGAAAAGGCUAUAGCAAGUCUCGACGGACAUAACGUUCCCUCACCGCAUGGGGAAAAUGUCCUCGCUGAUAGUAAUGAUAGGCGCGUCAUGCAUGAAUGUGAUCCCGAAUGCGAUUCUCAAGGAUGCUAUGGAAAAGGACCUACCCAAUGUAUAACAUGUAAGCACUAUCGUCUUGACGACGCUUGUGUGUCACGAUGCCCUCCAAGAAGUUAUGCGAACCAAGGUGGAGUUUGUUGGCCAUGCCAUGAAUCAUGUGAGACUUGUGUCGGACCUGGACAAGAUUCUUGCCUGACUUGUUCUCCAGCUCAUUUAUUGGUAGCGGAUUUAGGUUUAUGUUUACAACAAUGUCCUGAUGGAUAUUGGGAAGACAGCGAAGCGUCCGCUUGCCGGCCUUGCGCUGCGCAUUGUUCAACUUGUUCAGAACGAGCUGAUGCCUGUACAUCUUGUGAACAUCACUUAGUUUUAUAUAAUGGAACAUGUUCAGCCUCAUGCCCUCCCUCUACGUUUGAGAAUGAAGACUAUUUGUGUGCUAAAUGUCAUCCCUCAUGUGAUACAUGUAUUGGCGCUGAAGAGACGCAUUGCGUUACGUGUCUCGCUUCGAACUACAUCCUUGAUGGUACUUGCUUGAGUACUUGUCCAAGUGGAUACUAUUCUGAUAAAAAGAGAAAAGAGUGCAUGAAAUGUCCAGUCGGUUGCGCGUCCUGCUUGACCACAUUAUGUUUGACCUGCAACUCAAACUGGGAGUUGAAUAAGAAGGGAAAAUGCGUUGCCGUUGGCACCGAUCGGUGUUCUUCUAGAGAAUUCGCGGAUGGGAGUCAAUGUACCCCCUGUCAUAGUGAUUGUGAAUCUUGCUUUGGUCAAACAGAAGCAAAUUGUCUCACGUGUGCCACGCCAGCCUUGUUACAAAAUCACAAAUGUAUAUCAGAAUGCAGUCGAGGUUAUUACGCCGAAGCUGGGCGUUGUACGCGAUGCAUGCACGGCUGCGCGGAUUGUGUAUCACGUUUGAACUGCACUUCAUGUACCGGCUCUUUGAGGCUGCAAUCUGGUGCUUGCAGAACUGCCUGCGCUGAGGGGUAUUAUGCGGAUCGCGGAACCUGCUCUAAGUGCUAUUUGUCAUGCCGCACUUGUAUAGGGCCGAGACGCGAUCAGUGUGCUUCUUGUCCACCGGGUUGGAGGUUAGCCGCUGGAGAGUGCCAUCCUGAGUGUCCCCAAGGUUUCUACCAAACUGAUGAUGGUUGCCGUCACUGUCAUCACUACUGUCGCGAGUGUAACGGUUCCGGCCCGCUACACUGCACGUCCUGCCCCCCACGCUUCAUGCUAGAUGGCGGGCUCUGUAUGGAAUGCCUCGGAUCCCAGUACAUGGAAACCAGUAGUGGAAUGUGUCGCGCUUGCGACGAAUCGUGUCGAACGUGUUCGGGUCCAGGGCAAUACAGCUGUUCUGGUUGUUCGAGACCCUUGCGAUUUGAUAGAUUAAACAAUCAGUGCGUACGGUGCUGCUCCGAGCGAGGGAUAGCCGCUAAUGCUACAGCUUUACCUGAUUGCUGCCACUGUCACCCUGAUACCGGGGAAUGCAUAAAUUCUUCCGUGGCUGGGAAGCGUCGUAUCCCCGAGUGGAGCGCUCUCCACACCGCGCAGAGUGACGCCACGCCGCACGCGCUCGCCAGCGUCGUCGCAGCCGUCGCGGCGCUAGCGGUCACCGUGUUCAUCGUCGCUAUGAUAGUCACACAGCAGAUGAGAAGAUCGCAACAACCUCAAUCACGUUCGAAGGGAGCGUACUACUCGCCACUCGCGUGCACGGACGAAGGUGACGUCACAGUGCUAGGAUCGCGGACAACCUUCCCGGUCAGCGAAUACGAGCAGGAACCGCUUCUCGAACAUUCCACAUAGCACGCUGUGAUGUAGACGUAAGUGAAGUAGACGUAGCGAGUUUACGAUCUCGGCUACCGAAUGUAGAUCUUAUCCAAUUGUAUUAGAGUUCAUUUUACAAAGAAACAGGAAAAUAUACGCUAUUUUUUUUCUAACGAAAUAAAAAUCCUAUUCAAAGAUCCUAUCCUAUUGAGUAGAUUUAUGUGAUUCGAUUUUAUUUUUUUUUGUAAUAAUCAAAGAUGUAUUUUCAAAUAGUAUUUUUAUGAAACGUAACGUACCGUAUUGUAAUACAAUAACUAAUGUAUUGUAAUAAAAUAAAUCGUUCGAUUGAAAUUAAUUAUAUAUUAGUUGUAAUAAAUGGUCGCAAAUGUAGAUAAUAUAUAAUAAUAUGUUAUACGGUGGACCACUUGGCACUUGUUAAAAUAUUAGCCGUAAGAUUGUGUUUACAGAAUGAUAUAGUGCAGGCUCAAAACAGAUAUAGUACAGAAUUAAUGAUUUUUUUAUUUUAUAUUCAUUCAUUCAUUCGAUUAGUUUGGCAGAUUAAAAUUACAGAUAACAUAUUUAAUAUUGGCGCGAAAACUGACAGCGAUCGAUUUUACGCGGGAAUGAACAAAUUCAUUUUUAAACGUUUGAAAUUACAUUUUUUUUUUUAUAUUAGCGUCACAAUUUGCAUCAAUUUACGUACAUGUAAUAAAAUAGUAUUGUUUUGAUAUAUUUUUAAUUACCAGAUCCAAUAUUAUAUUGGAAGCGAUCAUAUGAUUUCGUUACUGUUAAUCCGAAAGGUCGUAUUUCAAAUUGGCUGUUCCCAUGUUACCUAGCGUCGCUCUUAAAAAAAAACUUUAAAUUAAAAUUAAAUUUAGAAUUAGAAAAUAAUAUAACAUACGCCCUUUUGCAAUAACAGUCCCGAUAAACAAUGUCGCAUACGCAGAGUUUCUUGUUACUUUUUCUAUAUUAAAGUUUGUUCGAAUUUAACAUUGAAAGGCUUAAAUUUAUUAUGAUUAUUAUUUAAAGAAAUUUUAUUACAAAAUAACAAUUUUAUAUGACUAAUAUGUUGAACGUCGGUGAGUUCCCUAGCUUGGAACCAAUCAGGGCUUGAUUACUAACCGAUAUGUAAAAUUUUAACUUCGUAGGAUCAGAGGAAAUGGUUCUAAUCAAUUUGUCAGAUGUGUCCUUGACAAACAAACAUUGCAAGUUAAAUAAAAGUAAAGAUAUCCUUAUCGGUCAGUCAAUUUGGGUAACUUUGAAACGUAGUCGAAAUUUAAAUAUAGAACGCAUAAUAUAUAAAUUGACGUCAUGAUAAAUAUAUAUUUUUAACUAACGCGACUACAUCGCUUAUUCCAAAACACUAAAAUGAUUGCAACUUGCUCUAUUUUGAUAUAAUGAUUAAAUAUGAAUAUUAAGAUACACUUAAAAGAAAAAUAUUUUCACGUCGAUAGAUUUGUCUGAUUCUAAGUUACACAAAAUUCAGUAAUUCGAUUUGAAUAUUCAAUGCUUAGAUUGUUUUAUAUCUAGAUACGAGUGUCGCACUACAAAAGAACUGAACUGAACAAAUGCGGCAACUUUAUUCUGAUAUGAUGCGCCUGUUACUCGUCAAACGUACUAUUUAAAUGGUGUACUUUGUGGCUAUCAGACACUUAAAGCAAAUUAAGAUAAUUUCGUUAUGUAUCCGAACUGAAGUUAUUGCUUUUUAAAAUACCCAAAAAAACUUCGAUAAUUUCAACGAUAUUCGAAUAGUGGAAACGAUUAGAUCAACAAAAAAGUUUUUAUAUCUGAAAUAAAAUAUUGUCCAAAAAAUUCUGAUCCGCUAUAAAAUCGAAGAAGGUCCCAUUUACGGCUCUUUAAUCCCGGUCAACGCUUGACCCGGUCAAAUAGCGACCCUUAUUAGCCGAUCUUGUUUACCGAUCGUAAAACGAAAAUUUGCUCGCGUUCC